GCGCAUGUUAUCUAUGCGUCAACAAGUGGGUGGUGGGUGUUGGCUGUUAGUUUGUACGUGAAUACAAUGUUGUCAAACAUUACGCAUUGUUUUUGGCUUAUGUUUAUCGUAUUGGUGUUGUUGGUACCAGCAGGCGAAGCUAUACGAUGUUACCAAUGUUCAUCAGCCGAGGAUCCGAAAGGAGAAGAUAACUGUGGAGCAUACAAAAAAUUUGACAAGAGUCGUCAUAUCCCAGUUGAUUGCGGCAGCGAUGAAUCUCAUGUUCUUGGAACAUUUUGUGUCAAGAAAACUCAACAGGGUCCCAAAGGCUUCAUAUGGGAUGGGCGAUGGCGUCAGGUUAUCCGUCAGUGUGCGUCUGUGGCAACUUAUGGAGUGACUGGAGUAUGCAACUGGGGUGUCUAUGACAAUGGUGUGUACUGGGAAGAAUGUUACUGCUCUGAGGAUGGGUGCAAUUUGGCACCAUCAUCAAAAAUAUCAAAGCCAUUGCUUAUGAUCUUAUCCACUGUUGCUUUGUUGACUUACAUGUGGCUUCAGUGAAGCCUUUCCGUGUACCUCACAUUUAAAUAUGUGGACAGGAUCUCGUUAUUGAGAGUUGAAUCUCAGAAUCAGCAAGUAGCCUGUUACACAUUUGCCAGUAUUUUAUCAGCAUAUUUGUUCCAGUCAGCUGUAUUGGUAAUAUGGAAAGUGGCAUCCUAGAAAGCUUAUAUGCACAGUUGAUGUAGUAGAACCAUUGCAAAUUGUUGUAAAGUUUGUAAAUAUAUUUUUUGUUUAAGUUUUAUGGGUGACACAGCACUAACAAGCUGUAUUUUGUAUUUAUAUUUUAGGGCAGCUGAAGACAGAAUUAUGUUUGUAGAUGAUAUGGAGUUACUCAUUCCCUUAGGCAGGGGACCAGAUGGUUUAGUCAAUAAACAAUUCAAUAUGUAUUUAGGUUCUAGAAACUAAUGUAUUACCUGAAGAUUUUAAUGUUCAUACAUUUGUAUUCAAUUGCUCCAUCUUAAAUUUUGUGCUGUGUAGUCAUUUCACCCCUGUGUUAUGAAAAUAUUUAAUGGUGGUCAUAUAAUUUUUAACUGUUCAUUGACAAAUGAGAUAAGUUUCUCUUGUGAAAUACCUGAAAAUGACUAUUAGUUGUUUUGGUUAGCCACUGCCUAUCCGUCCACUUCCUAGUAUAUAUUAGUUAAUUUGUAGUUGGGCCUGCUGAUGAUUGUCCAGCUAUAAUCAUGGUAUACCUCACUGACUACUCAUUUCCCCAUAAAUGACUAGUAGUUGUAUGAUUCAGACUUUACAGACAUAUUUUUUCACAUUCCAGAGACUGAUGAUUAUACUUGUCUUUUCAGCCCAUGAUGUCACUGUUAUUUGCAGUUGCCACUGCCAGAGGCAUGUCAUAAGUUAGCAGACUUUUUUAUAUUGAGUGUGAAUACCAUGUUGUUUAUGUGUCAAACACAUUGUUAUUUCCUUAAGGCAGCUGUUUUGUUUGUGUCAUGUGUCGUACAAAAUUCAAGGGGCUAUAAUGGACUACCCGUGUAACCUAUCCAAGUGAAUGAUGUGCCUGGUAUAACACUGGGACGUUCUCAAAAUAUUUUUUCCAUGUGCUACUAAUAUUACAUUUUUCCGUCCGUUCAUGAAGGUAGAUCUGUACAGGAAAGUGGUUCUAUAUGAAACUAAUAUUACACUUUUCCGUCCGUUCAUUAAGGUACAUCUGUCGACAUUGUGAAAAAAAAGUAUUUUUUCCAUGUGCUAGUACAGUCAGUAGUGCUGAACAGUUAAAACUGAAUGUCUUUCUGUCUUGUACAUUUACUUUCUUGUCCUGUGAAAGAGAAUUAUUCUAUCUAUGAGACAUUAUUGCUUUACAUUUAUUGCUGAGUAUUCAUAUAGCUUUCAGUCUCUCUUAUGAAGCACAACUUGCCAGUGUACUGCCUUCAUCACCAGGCACCCACUUCACUUGGUUGCACUGUAGUAAACUAAAAAUCAUAUCUGAAAAAAAA